UCCCGACUAGCUGUCGACGUUUACAAAUACUCCCGGUGCGAUUGUCAUUUUUAUUUUAUACAAGGCUUACAAAACACUACUGGCUCUGGCCCCAUUUAUCUAGCACAGCGCUAAAGUAUGAGCACCGAAGAGUCCAUAGACAUCUGCGCGAAGGGCAGCGGUCGCGUGGAAACCGUCACCCUGCGCCAGAACGAACUCAUACGGAACCUGCGGUGCCUGGUGGCCGUGCGGUUUGAACAGGCUAUUUCUCGGAUCAUCCUGGUCUUCGCCGGCCAGGUGCUGAGUGACGAGGGGACCAUCGACGGUAGGGGAAUAGUCUCAGGCGUCACUGUGCACGUGGUUUGCCGCGCGGAAGUGGCAAGCCCUGCAUCGCCGAUGGCCAACGCGUUCACAAAGCUUUCCAAGCCGAGCGAGCGCCUGGUGAGGUCCUGGCAGUCGGCCCACAUAGCCUAUCUUCAACAGGAGCCCGCUUUGCUGAGAAACCUGCUGCAGGCCGAUCCGCGAAUCCGGAGUCUGCUCGAUGAGAAUGCGGCCUUGCGACAUUACUUGAACAGCGACCAGAACAUACGGGAGAUGCUGUCAUUGGCCUUUAGCCCGGCUAAGCAAGAGUUGGGACGCCGGCGCGACCUCCACAUAUCUCGCAUGGAGUUUGUGCCUGGUGGGUACAAGGUCUUGAGCCGCCUGAACAACUGCAUGCUGCAGGCCUACGAGGACAACGUGGCCAUGACCUUUCAGCAGGCGUCACAAGGCGCUAAGACAUCCUCGAACCCCCAGCGAGGUCGCGAGGUGAAGGACCCGCUUCCAAACCCGUGGUUUCGCACGCCGAGCACCUUCAAUCCAAGAAAGACAUGCGCUCUGGCCAGACGUAUCAUCAAAGGACGAGCUUCUCUUAGGCAUAGGGACACUGAUGCCAAUUGCAGGCAGAAAAGCUCAUCGAAGAUGAUGAUUUCUAUUGCAACACAGACCAAGAGCGAGGACCGUCGUUCCGGUGAUGAGGGAAACUGCCAACACUGCUACCAGACUCAGGUGGAGCAGUUGGCCCAGAUGGGCUACAGAAACCGCAAUCGUAACAAACGCGCUUUGUUGAUAUCUCUGGGCAACGUUGCUUGCGCUGUAAGACUACUUGACCACUGGAAUCGGUUUUUGGAGGAAUGACCCCAUUUGUACUUAUUCUGUUGGGUUUCGUUAUUGGCCGAGAAUCUGACCAAUUAAUAUGUACAAUAAAUAAUAUACAUACAUACGUC